AUGACACACAGCUUCACCCUCACUGGUGAGAGGAAGGCUGGAAGACAGGUCGUGACUACCUCAGAGGAAUAUAUGUGAGCCUUUUUGAUAAAGCGACUGAAUCAAGUCCGACCCUCAAGCUUAGCUCCUCUGGCAGUGUACAGGAAAGAUCAGGCCAGCGGACAAAGGAAGGCAAGAAUCAAGACUGCUAACUCAAAAUUCAUUGCUAAAGGAGAUCUAGAUUACAAAGAAGACAAGCUGAAGAAGAAGCACCAUGAAACCCUUGUCCAAAUUCAGCUUGAUCCUAAGGGACAUAUGGUCUGGCUUGUUUUUUCGUGACAUAUUCUGUGAGUUUUUGGCAACUGGCCUCUGUCAUUGGACUCCAUCACAGAUGAACCCCUCCCUACGCUGGACUCUUCUUUGGCAUGCUCACCCGACCCACUGCAUGUUUCUUUGGCUUUCGGAGUAUCUAUAACCCUGGCCUCUGUCUGCCUGGGUGAGGUGCAUCUCAACCCGGUGGUUACCCUGGCUUUGGUUGCAGGCUUGAGGGUAAGCCCCUGGCGGGCUGUCCUUUUGGUGGGAGCGCAACUGCUUGGUGCCCUCAGUGCAUGUGCUCUCCUGUUAGGCAUAAUGCCGACUGCCCUAAAGAGCAACCUGGGGGUUAAUGAGGUGUGGUUGAUGAGGGUUGGAGCUACUCUGGAACUUCUGAACUCUUCUCUUCAUCAGUGUUCCCACACCCUGUUCUUGGAGAGAAAGUGAGGAAACAGUAAGAUGGGCAUGGAUGGAUGGAGGGAGAUAGAAAAUAGAGAGAGAGAGAGAGAGAGAGAGAGAAGGGAAGAAAACAUAGUUUGUCCGGUGGACCCAGGAGUAUAUCUGUAUCAGGCUCUGUUAGUGGAGAUGGCUGUUACAUUCCAGCUAGUGCUGUGUGUCCAGGCUGCCACUCAUCCCAAAUCAGCAUCAGCCUCCAUGGCCCCAGCCGUCAUCGGCCUGUCUGUCACCCUUGGUCAUCUUGUGGCAAUUGGCUUCACAGGCUGUGGAAUGAAUCCUGCCAGGUCAUUUGGUCCAGCUGUGCUAACUAUGAACUUCCAUAAUCACUGGGUGUAUUGGGUGGGGCCUUGUGCUGGCUCUCUCCUUGCCUGGCUACUGAAUGACAUGGUUCUCCAUCCUCGUUGGAGCUGCCUUGGGAACUGGGUGACAGAGUGUAAAGAGACACUCCUGAAAGAUCUUUCCCAGCAGUCCGGAGACCCUGAAAACCAUGUGGAAGCAUAG